GUGGGGCUGCGGCUGCCGCUGCUCUCCUGAUGGACGCCCUCCCGCCGCCCGCCGCCGUCCACCCGUUCGCGGCUACGCUCCCGCCCUCAUUGUCGCCGCCGUCCUCGUCGUCGUCCCUCAACCUCUCCCCCUCGCUGCUCAUCAUCGCCGCGCUGCUCGCGUUCGUCUUCUUCGCCUCCGUGUCGAUCCACUUCCUCCUCCGCUGCCUCGCCCGCUCGUCGGCGUCGUCGUCGUCGCAUCGGGGCCCAAGCCCGCUGCCAACCAGGGCCCGCCGCGCGUCGGAGGAGGAGGCGGAGGCGGAGGAGGUGGUAGGGUCCACGAGGAGGAGCGCCGCGGCGGUGGGGCCGGAAGAGGCGCAUGCUGCGGAGGUGGACGACGAGAAGGAGCGCCUGAUCGCAUCUCUGCCGCUGUUCACGAUGGCGUCGGCGCUGGCGGCGCUUCCAAAGAGCUCCCCCGACUGCGCCGUCUGUCUCUCGCCCUUCUCCCCCGACGCCGACCUGCGGCUGCUCCCGGCGUGCCGGCACGCCUUCCACGCCGCCUGCGUCGACGCCUGGCUGCGCACUACGCCGUCGUGCCCGCUAUGCCGCGCCGCCGUCUCGCUCCCGCACCCGCCGCUCCCCACCGCGCCACCGCUCGCCGCGGGGAGCGCCCAGGAGGCGCUCGACUCGCGGGUCAGCAGCAGCAGCAACUCGAGGAGUUUCCGCGUCGAGAUCGGCAGCGUCAGCAACCGCCGCUCCUCUGCCGCGGGCGACGACCGCCGCACCUACUCGCUCGGCUCCUUCGACUACCGCGUCGACGAGGAGGUGGAGGCCGUCGUGUCCCGCAUCACCCGCCCCGCGGUGUCGGCGGCGGCCAAGUCGGAGACACAGGCGGCGCCCGGAGAGGCGCUAGCGGAGGCAGCCGGGUCCCGCGGCUGGCUGCGCGAGUACGUGGACCGCCUCGCGUCCUCGGCCUCCUCCCUCUCCGGGCGGUGGAGCGCGCGGUGGAGCCAGGGACACCACAGCGCGCGGUGGAGCCAGGGACACCACAGCCGCAGCCAUAGCAACCGGCAGGAAGACUCGUUGUGGUGGGACCCGGAGGCGGCGGCGGGCGCGGCGAUGCACCGCGCGCCGGACGAGGAGGAGCCGGGGUUCGUCGCCCUGUACCGUUGGAUCGUCGGGGUGUAGCCAGGCAACUGUAAUUACGGGACCGCACGAGGGUGUUUUUGUGAACAUCUUAUGCCUUCAGUUUUUUUAAAAAAUCUAGGACUCCCAUUUCAUUGUAAAAAUACAAAAAAACAAUCAGCUCCAGACACCAGAGGUGAGUUCAGCGUC